AACGGCGAGAUGAGGAAGCCCAAGCAUAAGAGUGCUACAGUCUGCGGCUACCCAAUAAGCAUCUUUUUCAUUGUGGUCAAUGAGUUCUGCGAGCGCUUCUCCUACUAUGGCAUGCGAGCCGUGCUGGUGCUGUACUUUAAGUACUUCCUGAAGUGGGACGAUGACUUCGCCACCACCAUCUACCACACCUUCGUGGCUCUCUGCUACCUGACGCCCAUCCUGGGAGCCAUUGUGGCUGAUUCAUGGCUCGGCAAGUUCAAGACCAUUGUUUACCUGUCCAUCGUUUAUGCACUGGGACAGGUCGUCAUGGCUGUGAGUGCUAUCCAUGACAUCACAGACUCAAACAAGGACGGCACUCCGGACAACAUGACCUUCCACGUAUCUCUGUCCAUGGUGGGGUUGAUCCUGAUCGCCCUGGGAACAGGAGGCAUCAAACCCUGCGUGGCUGCCUUUGGCGGAGACCAGUUUCAAGACCAUCAGGAGAAGCAGAGAAGCACCUUCUUCUCCAUCUUCUACCUGUCCAUCAACGCUGGCAGUCUGCUGUCCACUGUCAUCACCCCCGUCCUCAGAGCUCAGGAAUGUGGUAUUCACACAAAGCAGAAGUGCUACUCGCUGGCCUUUGGUGUCCCUGCCGCUCUCAUGGUGGUGGCUCUGAUUGUGUUCAUCAUUGGAAGUGGGAUGUACAUUAAGACGGCUCCUCAAGGCAACAUCUUGGUGAAAGUCUGCAAAUGCAUCGGGUUUGCCAUCAAGAACCGCUUCAGGCAUCGUUCUUCUCAGUACCCCAAGAGGGAACACUGGAUGGACUGGGCUGAGGAGAAAUACGAUAAACUCCUGAUCGCCCAGGUGAAGAUGGUGGUGAAGGUUCUGUUCCUCUACAUCCCGCUGCCCAUGUUCUGGGCUCUCUUUGACCAGCAGGGCUCGAGAUGGACCCUCCAGGCCACCACCAUGAACGGCGACUUUGGAGCACUCAUCAUCCAGCCCGACCAGAUGCAGACCGUCAACCCUAUCCUGAUCCUGGUUUUGGUGCCGAUCAUGGACAGUGUGAUCUACCCACUGAUUGCCAAGUGCAAAUUAAACUUCACUCCGUUAAAGAGGAUGACCGUUGGCAUGUUCUUCGCUGCUAUUGCGUUCGUGGCUGCUGCUCUGGUCCAGCUACAGAUUGAUCAAACCCUGCCCAAGUUCCCGUCGAACACUGAGGCCCAAGGGAAAUUCAUCAACAUGAUAAAAGAGCCGGUUUCUGUCAAAGCUGGAGUCAACAACUUCACCCUGCAGCCGUUCGAGGCCAAUGAGGGUUACCUUACCUUUGAUGACAUAUUUACACUGGAUCUGAAUGGUACCAGUUACUUAUCCAGUUUAGUGGAUGGCAAUCGGAGUACUAUUGUCAUCAUUCAGGAUGGAGCCAAACUCAGGCCUGAGAGGUUCACAGACAUCAAAUCAAAGCCGGAACAGGGUGCUAAUGCUGUCAGAUUUCUGAAUGGCCACAACUCAGUUUUGAAUGUAACCGUGGGUAACGAGGACUUUGGGAACAUCUUCAUCAACAAGAUGUCAGAAUAUGUGGACGUACCACAGGGACAAGCUAAGUUCCGGAUCAUAAACGAUGUGGAUGAGUGCGUCUACACUCAGAAACUGGGCUUCGGCAGCUCUUACACCUUGAUCAUCCCGCCAACGUUCAAAUUUGGAACAAAUUGCGAAGAGAGCAUCCGAUCAGUGAUGGACAUCAGCCCCAACACCGUCCACAUGGCCUGGCAGAUCCCUCAGUACUUCCUCAUCACUGCAGGGGAGGUGGUCUUCUCUGUCACCGGCUUGGAGUUCUCCUACUCCCAGGCACCUAGCAACAUGAAGUCUGUGCUGCAGGCUGGUUGGCUGUUAACCGUUGCCGUAGGGAACAUUAUUGUGCUUAUUGUCGCUGAGGCCGCAACACUUGAAGAUCAGUGGGCCGAGUACAUCCUCUUCGCCUCCCUGCUGGUGUUAGUGUGCUUCAUCUUUGCCUUCAUGGCCUAUUUCUAUACCUACAUCGACCCGACCAAGAUCGAGGCCCAGUUUGCCCAGAAGGAGCCCGAGGAGAAGGAGAAGAGGAAGAGUUUGGAAAUGACCAGGAAGGACUCAGUGGAGCGCAGCAACGAGCAGAGGAGGAGCUCCGACUCCAGCUCUGACGAGGAGGAGAACAAACAGUGCAAGAUGUAACGCGACCCUUCUCCCUCCUCUUUUACGGAUGCUGAUUGGUUCUGUGUUUCAUGCCUCGGCGUGCCUGUGGUCAGUGUGUUGGUGCAACCCGGUGCACCGCUGUACGUGUGGUGGUUAGAAUGAACGGAUGAUGACCUGAGUGAAAUGGUGCAGAAGUUGUAAGAGCACAGAAAUAGGACUUGGACGGUUGAGCUCUUGGUGGACAGUGUUAAUGGAGGAUCUUGGCAGGGAUAAUUCAAACACAUUUAUCGCCAAAUCUUGAGAGAAUAUUCCUUUGUUUUUGUUUUUUUUAAAUCCCCUGGAUCUUUACUGGUUAUUAAUUUGCUCUUUCGCUGUUGUAAAUUUGUUUUUACAAUGAUUUAUUUUGCACUGUGUAGCAACAUCUUAAUGUAAUGUUUGUUUCCAAGUCUUUUGUAACGUACUCGAGUACACGUACAAAGAAACCAUUCCAUUUGUAUUUAUUAAUAAGCACAGUGUUGUAUGUAUUGUAAUAUAUUGUCACUGUUUUAUAUACAUGAUGUUGUCGUAUGCUCCAGGGUAAAAUCGAACACCAAAAGCUGCUUAUUAAUCAUAUUCCACAUUGAAAGGUGUUGUCUUAAUAUUGUGAGUGAACAUCUGCAUCAGCAGUGGUUUCAUUAAACCUAUAUAAUGCCAUAAUU